AUGUUCGAUAGACUCAUCACCGAGUGGCGUAUCCAGAAGCGUGUAGAGGAACAGUUCCAGGCCUUCAUCACUGGGUUCCACGAGCUUAUCCCCGCUGAUCUAGUAAAUGUCUUUGACGAACGUGAGCUCGAACUGCUCAUUGGUGGCAUUGCAGAUAUCGAUGUGGAAGACUGGAAGAAGCAUACGGAUUAUCGUGGUUACACGGAGAAUGACGAGGUUAUCCAGAACUUUUGGAAGUGUAUCCGCAGCUGGGAUGCUGAACAAAAGUCGCGUCUCUUGCAAUUUGCUACGGGCACUUCGCGUAUUCCUGUCAAUGGAUUCAAGGAUCUGCAGGGUAGUGAUGGGCCGAGAAGAUUUACGAUUGAAAAGGCGGGUGAACCCAAUCAACUGCCCAAGUCGCACACAUGGUACGUACACUCUCUUUUCCCAUGCGUUCCAAAGCCUGUCAGAGGCAGACGAAGCUGA